AGUCACAACCAGCACUAGAGAAUGUAGCGAUCGGUAAGACAGCAACGCAAAGUAGCGAUUGGUCGGCUUCUUACCCGGCAAGCAAUGCUGUGGAUGGUAAUACAAACACGGAUUGGUAUAGUGGCAGCUGUACCAGCACCAAAGACAACCAAAAUGCCUGGUGGAAAGUGGAUCUUGGUGGGAAUUACCUUGUUCAUGAAGUAAUUGUUACUAAUCGCCUAGAUUGUUGUGAUUCACAACCAGCACUAGAGAAUGUAGCGAUCGAGUCACAACCAGCACUAGAUAAUGUAGCGAUCGGUAAGACAGCAACGCAAAGUAGCGAUUGGUCGGCUUCUUACCCGGCAAGCAAUGCUGUGGAUGGUAAUACAAACACGGAUUGGUAUAGUGGCAGCUGUACCAGCACCAAAGACAACCAAAAUGCCUGGUGGAAAGUGGAUCUUGGUGGGAAUUACCUUGUUCAUGAAGUAAUUGUUACUAAUCGCCUAGAUUGUUGUG